CACUGGUGGGCACAUGUGGGUGGGCACAGGUGGUUGGCACUGCUGGGCACAGGUAGGUGGCACUUCUGAGGACAGGUGUGUGGCACUGCUGGGUGGCACAGGUGGGUGCACUGCUGGACACAGGAGGGUGCACUGUUGGGCACAGGUGGGUGCACUGCUGGGCACAGGUGGGCGGAACUGGUGGGUGGCACUGCUGGGCACCGAUCAUCAGGGCACUGAUCAUCAGUGCCCUGAACUGCCGGUUCUCUGUAGUACUUUCCUCACGCUCUGACAGCGUGAGGAAAGUGCAGCCGAGAACUGGCAAUUGCAUUUCCCGG